UUACCAGACAGACUGCACUGCCAGGACUUGGUGGUGAGGAGGCUGAGAGGAAAGAACCACUUUAUCCUGAGCUUCUGCCUCAGCUAGGAUGGAAGCAAUGAGAGAGGUUGUGGAGCUGAAUGUUGGGGGGCAGGUCUACACCACCACCAUGGGCACCCUGAUGAAACAUCCAGGCUCAAAGUUUCCAGAGAUAUUGUCCAGGUCAGCUAGAUACUACAAAGAUGCACAGGGCCGCUUCUUUAUCGAUCGUCCCGGCACCUACUUUGGGCUUCUCUUGGACUACCUACGCACUGGGGAAGUGCCCACAGAGUACGUUCCUGAGGUAUACCAAGAAGCUAAGUUCUACCAAAUCCACCUUUUGGUCACGAUUUUGGAAGAUAUGCCACAGAUCUUCGGUGAGCAAGUGGCUCGAAUGCAGUUCCUGAUGGGAGUGCCGAACUACAGAGAAAACCUGGAGGUCCUGUUGCACCUGGCUCGGGCCGAGGCCGUGGCGAUGCGCUCGUCAAAGGUGGUGGUGUGUGUGGUGCGUACGGAGGAGGAGGAUGCGAAGUGUACGGAGCCGCUGCACAUCUUGGAGGCCAAAAAGACACCCGUUGUCAAAUUCGGACCCUGGAAGGCAGGCCCUGUGACGGAGGACUUUGUGUACUGCCUAGAGAAGGACAUUAGAGCCAAGGGGUAUAAGGUGUCCUCUCAGAGGUACCACCUGAGUAGGGAUCCCUACACAUGCUUCUGGAUAUUCGUCUUCACUUGGUGGUGAUCUCCGGGAGUGAGGACUGUUUGUUAGAGGCUGCGGUCGGAUUUGUGAAAUCAGUUGCCAUCAAAAUUCGUGUUCUAAAGCUGAGCCUUAAAGCAGUUAUAGAUCUUGGAAGGCUGAGAUAAGAAGACUGCCGAGUUUCAGGCCAGUCUUGCAUAUAGACUGAAACCCUAUUGAAACGGCCCAGGAGAAGCCAGGCUGCCCUGUCUCCACACCUGCUCCAUUCUGGAACCACAUCCUGCUUGACCAAGGAGGGUUUCUCCCAUCUUCUAAGAAAUAAAGCUUGUAAAAUGUUUAACAGAUCAAAGGGUUCUUCUUCCUUGCGGGGAAAUAACCCUGAUGUGAAAACUCUUCUAGCCUGGAC